AUGUUCUCUAUCUUCAAGGACGGCCCGGAAUACAUCAAGCGAACUCAGACUCCAUUCAAGCCAACUCAGGUGACUUUAGCCGAAGUGCAUUCAGUCGUUCCAAAGCACCUCCACGAAAAGAACACCUUCAAGGCUCUGUGCUAUGUUGCUCGAGACAUUACUUGUGCAGUUAUCGUGUACAAGCUUGGAUGGAUGAUUGAUUCCUUUGCGAGUUCACUUGUCACCAACUACAAUGUUCCACCACUGGCUGGUAGCGCUGUUAAAUGGUCUCUGUGGGCACUUUACUGGCAUUGGCAAGGCGUCAUUCUAGCAGGAUGGUGGUGUAUGGCUCAUGAGGCAGGACAUGGAAGUCUCUCGUCCUAUUCUUGGAUAAAUCAUUUCAUCGGUUACACCAUGCACACGUUCAUUCUGGUUCCCUAUUAUGCCUGGAGGUCGACUCAUCACGCUCACCACAAGGCCACAAUGUCUAUCGAACGCGAUGAGAACUUUGUUCCUCGCACUCGCUCUGAUUAUGGUCUUCCCCCAGAGUCAACUGCGCGCAUGUCGGAUUAUCACGAGAUCUUCGAGGAAACCCCAAUCUACACUCUUGGUCGAAUGAUUUUUAUGCAACUUCUUGGCUGGCAAUACUACCUGUUAACCAAUGUCAUGGGAUCUCCUAUGUACCCACCCGGCACGAAUCACUUCCAACCGUCUUCGCCACUUUUCAAACCCCACGAACGAAAUGGAAUCAUUGCCUCGAACAUUGGUCUAUCGGUCAUGUCGACAAUUCUUUACCUAUGGACAAAAGAAGUAGGCUUGGGCAACUUCCUGAAGUUGUACUUUGUUCCUUAUCUGCUCGCCAAUCACUGGAUCGUCAUGUUGACGUAUCUCCAUCACUCGGACCCUACUAUUGCUCACUACCGAAACAAGCAAUGGUCCUUCCUUCGUGGGGCAGUUUCUACUGUCGAUCGCCCUCUCCUUGGAUGGGCCGGCCGCUUCUUCCUCCACAACGUGUCUCACGAUCACGUCGCUCACCAUCUAUUUUCUUCCAUUCCAUUCUAUAAUCAGCCAUACGUAACAGAGGCGAUCAAGAAGGUUCUCAAAGACGAUCACAAUUAUGACUCAACCAACACUUUCCGCGCACUCUAUCGUACUUUUACCCAGUGCUGCUUUAUCGAAGACGACGGAGACAUCGUAUUCUACAAGAAUAAACAUGGACAGGUCGCUCGCGUUCUUGCUCCCGAAGCGUUGAAGAACCCGACCAAGAAAGAUCUUUAG